AUGGAUGGCAUCGUGAAACUAUUCAACUUCAUACGCCAGGGCGGCUCUGUUGAUAUCGAGCUACAACUUGGGGACGAGGUGGACCGCACAGAUGACACCGUGAAACUAUUCGAGUUCCUACGCCAGGGCGGCACUGUUGAUAUCCAGCUACAACUUCAAGGGUGUCACAAUGACGCAGUGGACCGUGUUGCAGUGAAUGGUGCUACAGUGGACCGUGCUGCAGUGGACCGCAAAGCGGUGAAGAAAAAGAUGAAGAAGAUAGUACGCCGUUUCUAUGCCAGGGUUCCCCGCACGGAUGAGCGACGCAAAGAGCUUAAGCGUCAGGGUCUGUUGAAUGUGAACAAGGUUAUCGAUGCCGCAAUCAUGCAUUGCCACAAAGAAGCUUGCCCCGUCACCCUGCAAAACAUCAUUCUGUCGUUCUCGAAGAGAGUGGCGGACGUUGAACGUCCGAUCCAUACUACAGCGAGCACGGAAACCUUGGAUGGCCCAGCAGAUGACGAUUACAAAUACCAAUUCGAGAGCUCGACACCGGAGGAACAGUCUGAUGAUGAAGGCAGUGACAACGAAAGCGAGGACACCGAAACACUAGCCCCAAUGACGAGGGCAAAGGCAAGCGUAGGGGAAAAGGGAAGGGCCUAG